CUUGCAGAGACAGAACGUAAUAAAGCGAAUUGGAUAGUACGAGAAGAGAUGGAGACGGAAAACGAAAAAAAGCAGAGAAUCGAAGCGGAGGACAAGUUGGUAUACGACUAUUUAACGGAUAUCACUCUCGAAGCGGUACAAAAAGAACGAAGCGACAGGUUAGCCAUGCUCACGAGGUUAUGCGAGAGGCAGGCAAAGGAGACGAGGCCAACGAGAAAGGAAGCCGAAGAGCUUCUCAGAAAAGAAAAGCAACGAACAGCAGACAUAACUCAAGCCAUCCUAGUCAAGUUGCAAAGCGAGAAAAUGAAUCGUACAUUUUAUGACAAAAUCAUUCUACCCGAUGAAGCGGGUAAUCCCGAGUAUGAGGUUACCUCGAUAAUAUCGGUUAAAAAGAUAAAGGAGGAAAUAACGACGUCAAAGAUAAUUAAAAUCAACUUCACGAUCGAUGGAAACGAGAUAACGAGAUCAGUGAGGUACGGCGAGAAAAAGGACAGCGACACGUCAGACAACGAAUCGGGGGAACACUCGAUACACCCCGCGCAAGACGAAGACAAGGAGAACCAAGAUGUCAACGUCCCAAUAGAAGGUGACAAACCAAAAGUUAUCGAAGAUAUCCAAAUCAAACCUCCGGAUAAAGAAUCUUCCGAAAUAGAAAACCAGGACAUACAGGUGGUAAAAGUACUAAAAGCGAUUAACCUACGCCACGCGUAGAGAGUUAGGCGUUUGAGUAGUAGUAGUAUGGAGAGUUUAUAUGCAAUUGUUUAACGUUAAUAAGGCAUUAAAAGUGUUCGUUUCGAAGUCGAAGCAGUGAUAAUUUUUUUAUAUAUCCCGGACCCGAGUAGGAGCCCUGUUAGAUUGUUUCAGGUACUUCCGGGCUUGGUAUCCAUUAAGGGAUUAAUAAUCUACCACGAGGUGAUUGUGCCGGCAGAGGUAAUCAUUACCAAGGAGUCAAGGAUAUUCCUGAUUACCCAGAUUGAGUAGCACCCGUUCGGAAUUCUAAUACCUUGCUGCUAGAAGAGGUAAAAGCAGCUGGCGACCGUUUCAAGGACCUAUUAUUGCAACACAGGUUACAUACCCCCGGCUCCCUCCAGAGCCGGAGGUUAUGCCGGAUUCUUACCGGCUAAAACCCCAUGGUGAUCAUUCUAAGCGGUUGGAUGGGCGCCCGGGCAAAAUGUUUGUCACAUCUCCUCACCGGUCGUCCACCCCCGCUUUGCCCGAAACUUAAUUCCGGCCCUAUCCCGGAGGGUGGGAGGUCUGAAGAACCCCCCAAAACCAUCCCAAGUGGGGUCUGAAGGACCCCUCAAAAAAUACCUAGGGGGCUAGACGGGAUCACGUCCGCCUUUCCCCCUCCAGCUCGGGGAGUCCGCGUGCAAUGGCCUCCAUGGACCCCCGUCCACUUCAGCCUGCGGACCCCCGGCGGUUAAAACCCCCGGUGGUCUAAACCGCCACCUUCCCGGCAGGGAGUGGCAGGAGCAAAUGGAAAACCACUCGCCCCCACCAUCCCCGCUCACA